CGAGAAACUGGUUGCACGGUCAGACAUGUCUGCCCUUUGGGCGACAAACACAUGUGUGACAGACACACACACAGAUACACAAACGUGAACGUGCACAUCAACAGAUAGAGUUGCCGUACGUAAGCAACUCACUCCCUUCUGCUGUCUCUGUCACUCACUUGCCUCAGGAAUCGCUUUCGUCUGACCUGUGUGGAGCACUAGCCACGCCAGCCAGACCAAGCACAGGCUGACGCACAUCCACAGAUAAAAGCGGCAGCUCGACCGCUCGUACACUCAUCAAGGCUGACUGACCCCCAUUUCGCUGUUUCGGUCCGCUGAGUCUGUCACUAACUUGUCACCAGAGUCUGCGUCCCAUGGCGCGAGUGGAGAAUUUGCCACAUCGACCACGACACGCACGCCACGGUGACAAGCCAGAGACAGAGCCAGGUGCCAGGAGACGGGGACGUGUACAGACCAGACCGACUGUGUCGGCAAUGCAGCGUAUACAGAGAUCGAAAAAGCGGAUCAACCAUCGUCUGCCCGGCUGGCUAGUGGUGUACGUAUAUAGUAUGUGCACUCUCGCCUCUCUCGUCUCUCCUUGAAAGUGCACUGCUCUCUCAGACAGACACACACACGACACCACUGGCACAAACCAAAAAGACCCAAUCCAAUGCCAAACCACACCAACAAUCGCCCCACCUCCCCCCCGCGGGGAAAAACACUAGGGCGUGAACACCGUCCUGGGCACAUAUGGCUCGAACGGCUCGAGCGAUGGCGGCGGUCCCUCUGCCGGGAACGUCUUGACCCAGUCGUUGAAUUUGGCGCGGCAGUCCUUGAUCUCGGGGUCAUCCAUGUCGGGGGCCGGGGCCGUCGGCGCGCCGUCCGCCUUGCCUUUCAAGCUCUCGGUUGGGAGUUUCGAGGCCUGGGUAUGGAACUGCCACGCCCAGAUGUCCGCAUAGUAGACCACCGACUGCAUGCGGGGCAGCCGGAUCGACUCGCACUCGCGCAGGAUCGUGGGCACCACGUCGGCCGGCAACUCCACAUGGCUGUGGCCAUUCACAUCGGCAGACAUUCACACAGGAUGAGAACGAAAAUGGUGACCGGUUGAAUCACAUUUCCUCCUCCUCUGUCCGGUCAAUCUUGCCUGGCUUGUGGGUGGUGCCGUUCGUCAUGUCGCCGUUGCUCACGGUGGUCGUGUUCGGUGCCUGAAUGUUUGGCACGUGUUUCUCGAACAUGUCGAUGAGCACGCUGACGUCCUCAAAGGUCAUGUUGGCCCCCUGGCCGGGGCCAGGAUAGGGCGCAUGGGCGGCGUCGCCGAUCAUGAUAACGCGGCCCUGUGUGUCAACCGACGAACAUACACAGUCAGGCAGGCCAUCGAGCAUCUUCUCAUUGCAGGCCACUGUUACCUUGGGUGUGGUGAUGGUGGAUGUGGCGGCCCUGUCGUAGAUGCACCGCUCGUAGAUCUUCUCCUCCGGUGUGGCCCCCACCAUGCAAAUGAUCUCCGACAUGUCGGGCUGCGUCUCACCGGCCGGUAUCUGCGGCUUCCCACCCUCUUGGCCGAUAGGCACUGCCAGGUCAGUGCCGUCACGCAGGCCACGAAGUAGGUGCUCUUUGAGACCUUGGCGCCCCGCAACGGCGCGGUGACCGGCCUUGGACAACUCAGGCACUCGGAUCUGAACACAAAAGCACAGUCAAUCGAAUGUGCGGGUCAAUGAGAAUCUAUUGACUGUGUAAGAUUCGAGGGCUUUGUGUCCAUAUGUGCAAGUGCGUGGGUCACCCACCUGCCAGAAGACGUGUGUGCCGACAUCAAUGAUAUACGCCAAGACGUUCGGGCAGUCUGAUGUGAGGGCGACUGUGCCGCGCUCUGUGUAGGGCAGCGGCACGCCCUCGGACUCGGCGUAGCGCGCGAUGUCCUGCAACGCAACAAGUACCAGAUUAUGAAUAUACACUUGUAGAGAGGCGUCGAUGGCCGGCUCCUACUUCUUUCUUGACGAGUGCGUUCCAGUUGAGGAAGCCAUGGUACUUGGGCGGGUCCUCGAUCAUCAGCGCCGCAGCAGCCGACCCCUGGCCGUCUUUCGUGACCUGCAUUACGCCGUCGCGCUUCUCACGAUGCCGCGAUAAGAUCUGGGGCCGGAGGGCCGAGAAAGCGCCGUCGACAGCCACGAUCAUCUUGGCCCUGGAAGAUGAGUGCACUCACAGGGAAGGAUGGCCACGGCUGGGGUGAUUCCGUGUAAUGGUCGGUCACACUGACCUGACUUGCUCGUUCCUGCCCUCGAACACGAGUGUCGCGCCGGUGUCGUCCUCAGUGAAGUCGCGACCGCCGCAGCUGCAGUGGAUGACCUCGUCGGGCACGUGGGAGGCGAAGAUGUUCUGUGCCUUGGUCCAGCGGAUGGUCACCUCGCCGUUGCCCUUCUUAUCGACGCGGAUUGUCUUGACCUGGAUGGAUGAGCACCACGACAUACAGCAGGGAUAGGUAUGUGGGCGCAUAUGAAAGUAUGUGUACCUCCUUGCCCAGCAUGCGUUGAUGUAGGGCUACGGUCGGGUCCAUGACGCCAGAGGCCAACAUGGUAUCUGCAAUGUCGCACUUCACCCGCCUCACUGCCGAUAUUCCGUUCGUGAAGGCCAUGAAAAUGCCCUGCACACACGGCACAAUCAACAGUGGAAAGGGUCCUUCCCAUCUCCCUCUCUCUCUCUGUCUGUCUCUGGCUGACCUGCGAUGCAUUUCUCAGAGCAGGGGCACGCUCAAACACAUGGGCGUCGAUGCCACGACAUCUGACGUACACACACGUACACACAGAGACCAUCAUCACACAGGAAGUAGUAGAUAUCUCUCCCCUCUCCCGGCCACACUCACUCACCUCAGCCCGGCGCACAGCAGCAGGCCGCCAAGCCCACCUCCGACAAUGGCCACGUCCACAUGCGUCGGCAGUGGCUUUGCCGCAGCCAACAGGGGCCGCGACACGCCCAUCGUCGAUGGCCGCAGCACCAUGUGCUCCAACGUCGUCCCACACGCCUGCACCAAACAACCACACCGUGCACGGACACCAUCUUUCCCAGCCCGCCCACCUACCUGUUGUAUCUUCUCGCAUGUGGCUGGUGUGGACAGUUCAAAAUGGCCCGUGAGGCCUCCAUCGAUCCUGGCGCUGCGGACGGCCUCUUGGAUGGCGAUGAAGACGGAUGUGCUGCCGAGGAGGGGCGGCUCGCCCACCGCCUUGCUGCUCGCGAAGCCCUGGGGAUGGGAGGUCUUCUCCAACAGACGCACGCGCAUGUCACUGAAGCACAGAGAGAGAGAGAGAGAGAGAGGUGCACAGUGUUUGUUAGUAUGUUGUGUGGUGGUUGGGGGGACGGGCGUACGUUGGGAUAUCGCCGGCGAGUGGUGGUUUGUAUUCCCACGUGCCGUCGGUGAGGAGGCGGCCGGUCGACUCGUCGAUGACCACCUCCUCGCUCGUGUGGAAGCCGAUGCCCUGCAGUGCAUGUCACAAUAUGCGGGACACACACCGAAUGAAUGCGGCACACGCAAGGCACAAGACAUGUGCUCUCUCUGUGUAUGACGCACCAUGACCAGCGCGCCCUCAGCCUGCCCGAUGUCAAUCAAAGGAUUCAGACUCCUUUACACACACAGCAUACAAACCCCAAAGAUUACCACACAUGGAAGUCCCCAUUUCUUUCCCUCCCUUCCUCCCGCCCUCCCUCUAUCCUCCCCUCCCUCUCGCGUACUUGCCGCAGUCGUAGAGCAUCUCGCAGUAGUGGAUGCGCCUCUCCCCUGUCAGCACGUCGAUCUCCACCUCACUCACGGCCGCGCCAUAGGUGUCGUAGAACUCAAAAGGCUUGCCGCUGAGGGGCUUGUACUCGCCCUGCUGCUGCAGGCUCACCUUGGCCCCAUCAGCUGCCGUGAUGACCUCUCGCCACCUGUCCGCCACACUCGCGUCACCCUGCGCACACAACACACACACACAUGAAGACAGUGCGAUGGUGUGAGUGACCUACGGACACACCCACCGGUUUGCAGAAGGGCAUGAGUUUGUCCACGAGCUUGGUGGCCGCGUCGUGGAUGGCCCAGCACAUCCUCUCUGAUGCGGUUGAGCCGGCCGAUGGGCCGGGGUUGGGCAUGAAUGCCGUGUCCAGGUCGGCCAUGCGCACCAGGGAGGUGGGGAGCGCCUCGCCGAACAGACCCAUUCCCAGGGUCUCGCACGCCGUCUGGGAGAUGGAUACAUACACACAUCAUGGGCGACAGGCUGAUGGACGUGGUGUGUGUUUGUGCGCGUGUGUGUGUGUGUGUGUGUGUGUGUAUUUACCUGGACGGUUUUGAUGGAGAGACCCUGGCCCAUCUCCACCCCCUCAUGAUGCAACACAACGCUGCCAUCCUGCAUCCAGGCACCAUAGACACACAGACACACACACGAGGCAUGCAGACACACCAGUGUCCUCUGAUAUACGCACCUUGUAGACGUUGAUGAGUGCACUGCUGAAACUGAGCGGCCGAGGGUACCGCAACGUCGUCAUCGCCAGGCCCCUCUUGCGCCACCGGUUGGCGGUGUUGAACCGCUCCACCUCACUCUUCCGCCCCUCCCACCCACUGGUGGCCUUGAGCUCCUCCCAUAUCCUCGGCAACACAUACGGCUCAGUCAGGGUGCGUGGUGGGGGCAUCGGGCGGCCCAUCAUCGACACGGACGGGGGGCACAUGUCUGUUGCCGUGGGCGAGUAGAAGUUGGUCUCGCGGACGGCUGAUGGGUCCAGGUCGAGAUGGUGAGCGAUGCGCUGCAGCACCGACUCGAUGAAGGUGGACGCCUCGGGGCCUGAAUGGCGAACCAACACGUGGGAAUGUGUGUUGGGGGGGGUGUGUGUGUGUGGUGGGGGUACCUCCUGGGCCUCUGACGGGAACUCUGAGAGGGAGGUUGGCCGUGUACAUCUUGGUGGCGACGUGCAGGUGAGGGAUGCUGUAGGUCUGGUCCACUGUCUCGGUGGCCUCCUUGCACCCGAUGAUGGCGCCGCCCUGCGUGACGCCACACACACACACACACAAACAGAAGGAAUCGCACAAUCGGCCUACGCACACAUGAUAUCGGCAUAUCAGCGCACCGGCACGGCCCCCGUGAUGGCGUGUAUGGUGGCCCUGAGAGCGUGGAUGCGCCCCUUUUCGUCCACGGCAACAGCAUACUCAAACUCCAUCUCCUCACUGACACCAAGACAUAGCCAUCGACACAGACAAUGAUCGGCAUCGACCCCAGUGCCUCUACGCCGUACCGUCCUCCGGUCAUGGCGCAGUCCUGGUUCCGGUUGAGAACGAGCCGCACCGGGCGGUUGGUGGCCUUGGCGGCCACGGCCGCGUUGACGGCGUGGGGGAUGGACAAAAAGGCCUUGCCGCCAAAUCCGCCACCCAAUCGACUGAAAGUCACACAGACAAGGGAAUGGACAAUGGUUGGAUGGUGUGUGUGUGAGGGACUUUCGCUCACCGAAUCCUGAUGUUGACCUUGUUGUGGGGGACAUUGAGAGCACUAGCCACACUCGCAUGUGUGUACUGCGGCCCCUGUGUGCUGGACCACACUGUCAUCGUCCCGUCCUCGUCAGGCACCGCAUACGCCGCCUGUGGCUCCAUGUAGAAGUGCAGCUGGCUCCCGCACUCAACCACACCUCGCAGCACGUGCAGACCACCCUCUUUCGACCCCUCUGCCGCCAGCAGGUCGUCGAACUGCGAGACGUCGCCCUUCUUGGCCUCCAUGGGGAUGGGUGUGAGGGUGCUGGCUGCCCUGGCCUGGGCGAGUGUGACGACAGGCGGCUUGACGUCGUCCCAGGUGAGCUUGACGAGCUUGAUGGCCUGCUCUGCCGCUGCGGACGUGGUGCCGAGCGCCAAGGCGGCCGGCUGCCCGAAGUACUUGGACCUGCCGCCGAUGGGCACCAUCACCUCCAUCAGAGGCUUCCCUGCGACACACAGAAACACAUGCAUUGCAUCCCUUCACCUGAUGCCUCUUGGUGCUGUGUUGCGUACCGAAUAAGGAGAAAAUGUUGGUCCCAGGGAUGUCAGCAGCGGUCACCACCUUGACGACCCCUUCCACCCUCUCGGCCGCACUGCCGUCCACCGCCACCAGCCUGGCGUUGCCCUGGUCGCUCCCGACGUACACGCCGUACAGCGCCCCCUUGCCCACAUGGACGUCCCCGGUAUACCUCGCCUCGCCGCUCGACACAAGAUGCGCGUCAGGCUUGGGCAGUGGCUGCCACAGCACCGCGCCACCCUUGCCAUCCGCCCUCCUUGUCUUCUCGCGUCCGUCUCUCUCCAGCUGUUCGGUCGACUCAUCGACGGGAAGCACUUUGCCCAUGGCGGGGUGGGAUGACGGGACGGGCGGGGUGCUGAGGGACAGCUGUGGCUCGGCCGCCGAGAGGAUGGAUUGUGCGGGGGCGGUGGGGUGGGCGUCGGUGUAGGUGCCGCGGGCCUCCUCGGCCGCCAGCAGCACCAGGAACUUGUAGAGGUAGCUGCCGAUGAGGGACCGGCGGAACGACUGACGGUCGAGGGAAGGGUCGAUCGAUAUCUGAGCAGGACACACACCACGACGGCUCUCUGUAUCCACCCACACACAUCCACACCACACCUUUUGUCGGCUGCUCUCUUACCUCUGAUGUGAUGAGCUUGACGGCCUCUCUGACGGUCUCGUCGGUGAGGCCAUACGUCUUGAGGAAGCUCUCUGUCUUGACGGCCCGCUGCGGCACCGCCCCCACCGCCCCCACCACCAGGCGCACCUCACACGGAUGACGCACGACAGGGUCCAGCUCCAUCCAGAAGGCCGCAUUGGCGAAGGCGUGGGCGUACCGCGGCCGCAUUGACGUCCUGUACGAGCGGAAGACGGAUUGUGUGGCGAUUUCGUCCGACGGCAGGGGGAUAGAGAUGGACGUCACGAUGAAGGCGUGCGAGGGGGGAGUGGUCCAGAGGGACUGCAGGGGGAGGGUGUGAGAGGUCCCACUGGAUGGGUCGAUGUACUCGAUGGCCGCGUCCCAUGCCGUCAGCAGGGGGGCGAGGUCGGAGUGGAAGCCCUUGUGGUGCACCAGCAUCAGGUUGCCCGCUACGCUGCCCAUGUUGCGGACCUGCUUGCUCGCCACGGCAUGCAGGUGCGAUAUGAGGGGCGUCAGGUGCGAUUCGGCAAAGUGCCGCCCAUCGCCUCGCGCCAAAUCCUCCAGCGCCUUGACGAAUGUCGACACGCUCACUCCGCCGCCGAUGCGUAUCUCACCCCCACCGUCCCUCUUGUGCGCCACCGACACGUCCAUCAGCAACGCAACGCGGUCGAGCGCAAUCACCGUCGCCGCCGUGUCGUUUGUCCGCCAGCAGGAUGACGGCGGGCCGUCCUUGUAGAUGCCGACAGACGUGUUGCCGAACACCAGACGGACGUUGGCCGCGCCGUCCUUCUUGGCCUGCUGCCAUAUGGUGAUGGCCUUAUCGAGUGUCGCCGGGCUGUGCCAGGUGACGCCCAUGCUGCUGCUGGUGAAUGAUGAGGACGGCAGGGGGCCGGUGAGUGCGGGCGGGAGAGCGGGGGUGGGCCAUUGGGAUGGGGGACAGGUGGUGAGGUCCUCGAUGUCUGCGAGGCCGAUCGAUGACAGGUGGGGCGGCGCAUCCUUGCAGAAACUGCGGCAAACGUCCCACAGAGGGCGGUAGCCUACAUGCAGAUGGAGAAACCAUCGAACGAUUCACGCACCCAUUCCGUCCACUCACCGGUGCAUCGGCAUAUGUUGCCAUCGAUCUUGCCCGCCAUCUUGUCGCUUGUGAGCUCCCCAUCCUCCCCAGUCAGGGCAUCGUACAGGCUCACGACGAAGCCAGGGGUGCAGUAGCCACACUGCGACCCUCCCAGUGCCUGCACACGGCGGUGCAGCACCGCCGGCCCAUCGCCUCGCUGCUUGUCAUUCUGCAGUCCAUGUGCCGUCGUGAUGGCGCACCCCUGGACGGAGGGGAGGGGCUUGAGGCAUGAGAGGGCCGUGUGGCGGUGGGUCUGAGAGGUGGCGGGAUCGAGGCGCUCCACCAGGACGGUGCAUGCUCCGCAGCCUGGGAGAAGAACACAGCAUACUCAUGUGUGGGCGCUUGGCAUGCUUGUCUCCAGGCGUGUGAGUGCAGUGCUCCGUGUACCGCCCUCAGCGCAUCCGAUCUUGACAUUGGUGACAUCGAGUGUGUCCCGGAGGUAGGCCGCCAGCGACACCGAGGGGUCCACUUCAUGUGUCGGGAUGCGCACCUCUCUGCUGUCCACAGUGAAGACAAGAUCACCUCCUGCCGAUGGCGCACUGGAGCCGGGCAUGGUCGAUGAUGAUUCACAAGACAGAUGCUGUCACUGUGUUCCCCCCCUCUGCGCUCCUGGUGCGCUCGAAAUUCG